AAAAAGGGCAGGAGGAGUGUUUGAGGAGAGAGUCAAACCGGUCUGGCAAGUUUUACUUUCUCCUUAACACAAACACACGCGUGUGCACCAUCUGCCUUGCUAUCUUUCUGCUCUCUGACACACAAAAGACAUUACUGACUGAACUCAGUCUCUCUGUCCUACCGGACUCAAACUUUAGAGAUUAGAAGGGAAACCAGUGCUGUUGAGUUUCCUGAAACAGUCACAGAAACAGUCUUGAAUCAUGUAGAGACAUGCCGUAUCCUGUCCCUGGAAUCUGUAUUAAAGCAUGAAUCUAACCCAUGGAUGUGGAAGUAUACUCUGUCUAUAAGUCCAUUCAUCUACUUCCGAGCAAACCAGUGCAGAAAAAAAAGAAACAGCUGAAGUUUUUCAUUUCCAAGGAUGUCAACUGACACUCUCCAGCCGUCUUCACGGAGAAUAAUAAGGCUGGCUGUAGCUCCUGCCACUCCAAGUCGCAACGCAGAGUCCAGUUGUCCAGUCAAAACAUCUCCUGGGAUACGCAAACCAAGUGCAGUGGAACGUUUGGAAGCAGACAAGGCCAAGUACGUCAAGAGCCAACAGGUGGUUUUGAAGAAGCAGCAGCCAGUUAUUUCUCCCGCCAACAACAGCCAGAAUGUACAAGUUGCUCAACAGCCAUCAAGGAAGAUCCCUGCGAGACCCACAAAGUCUGAGACGCCACCCCUUAACCUGGAACAUCUUUGCAAGCUGAUUGAUGGAGUCAGUGAUGCCACAGUUCCAGUGGUUUCUACACAACCCAGCAGCAAUGAGAAAGAUGCUACAGAUCCAUGCAAGGCCACUUCUCCAACACUGGAAGAACCUUCUCUGGGGUCGACUUCUGCAAGUCAAGGAAAAGCUGCAGUAGAAGCCUCAGGGGCAAGCGGAUGUCCUACCAUGACAGUGCGGAGAGUCGACGUCAGACCCCAGUUACCUCAGAUGAGGAUGGCCGGUAGACCACAGCUACAGAACCGCUCACUGGUGCAACAGACCAUGCCGCAGGUCCCAAUGCAACUUCUGCGCUUGCUUAGACCGUACAUGCAGCCAAAUCAGCAACCAACUGACUUCAAAAGGCUCCACAAUGUCCCACAAACAAAAGUCACCAGAGGACCUAUUAAACCACCAAACUGUGCUGCGCAAACCUCACCUCCUUUGAAAUCCCCAACUAGCCCACCUCUACCCCUCCCCAUAAAACCAAACACAGAACCAUUAUCAUGUCCCUCACCGACCCCACUUGCUCCAAACUCCAUUGAUUCACCCCUAGCCAAAAAUGACUUCCAGUCUCCGCCAUCUCCAGCCAUCACUCGCAUCUCCUCAACAAGCUCCAGGAAGCGUCCUUCACUGACACGCUCAAAAUCGGACGUCAGCGACUGCUUUUCACGCGCAGGAGCAGAGCUUGAGCGCUUCUUUAAUUAUUGUGGCCUUGACCCAUCGGAUUUAGAGGAGUUAGCAAGACCGGGUUCUGACAUUGUGUCCGUUUCACGUCUACGUAGCGCCAGUGCCCCGGCAUCCGAACGUUCGGCUGAGGGUGAAGAUGAGGAAGAAGCAGCAGCAAAAGACGAACGUCCUGUUUAUGGUGUUUCCGUCAUUGAGAGAAAUGCUCGAGUGAUCAAGUGGCUUUAUGGGAUGCGCCAGGCCAAAGAGAGUCCCAAAGUGGCCGAUAUGUAACAGACAACAAGGGACUAACAAACAACCACUAUCCAGACUGAAAUGUAGUACAAAAUGCUUACUUUUCCCAUUUAGAAUUUUGUCGCUUAUCUGUAUACUUUAAAGUUGUCUAGUUGAAUCUGCUGUACAUGUCAUAUAUGAUAGCUUACGCAUCGUUGUCAAUUGCCUUACCGUAAACACCCGUGUUCUCAAAACAAUAACUACACAUGCAUGGUUGCAUUGUUAUGGUGACCACCAUUGCAUUGUUGUCUUUUUCAGCAAUGACAGGCUGUACUUGACAGGCCAAAUCAAACAAUGGCAGGAGUUUUGGUGGAGAUAUGCAAAAUUGAUGAAUGCAAAGUUAUUUGUGUCAUCCAAAAAAUAAUUUGUUUUACUGUGGACCUUAUUGCAGCUAAGCUUUAUUGCUUGUUUUAAUAUCUUGUAUCUUGUGUCGUGAUGACAAAUAAUAUGUGAAUAUUUCUAUUGUUUGUCAAAAUCUUAAAACUAAUUGGUUGACUCAGUUGCCUCAGAUCUUUAUUAUGAGUAUUAUGAGACAGAAGGGGGUACAACUUUGAUGUUUUGGUAACAUUUGGUAGACUGAAUGCAAUGGUACACAACAUAUUUUUUGUAUGAUUUGAGCAGAAGUGAGCAGAUUUGAUCUGUUAAGAUGUUUGUCAACAAAUGGCAGUCCAAAAACCAGUGUUGUGUUGUACUGACAAAUAGACCGUUUUAGAAAACUGAUCUUAAAGAAUGGGAAUAAAAAUGAAUUUACCCCA